CCCGCCUCCCGGAAGCCCCGACCAGUCUUAGCCUGCGGGUCAGGUUUGAGAGAUGGGCCGUUUGGGUAACGUUGUUGAUUAAGUAUCCCCAGUUCUGCUGUCGGGAGAAGCGAGUUGGGGGAAGCCAGGUUAGAUCUCGGCCCAGGGAGCGACGGGACUUGCGGGCCCUCGGGAAUCUCCACCCUCUCCGGCUCCGGGGCCUCCUUCUCCCAGGCCUACGUUUGCGUGGACCGACUCAGGUUGCUGCCACCGACAUCCCUUUGCCUGGAGCUUGAAUUGGAGGAAAACAUCUAUCAUCUUGUGCCAAGAUGUCAGGGAUUGGAAAUAAAAGAAUGGCUGGAGAGCCAGGCACUUCUGCGCCUCCGGAGAAGAAGGCAGCUGUUGAAGAUUCAGGGACCACAGUGGAAACGAUUAAACUCGGAGGUGUCUCUUCAACGGAGGAUUCAGACAUUCGAACACUGCAAACCAAAAAUCGCAAGCUGGCGGAAAUGCUGGACCAGCGGCAGACCAUCGAAGACGAGCUCCGGGAGCACAUUGAGAAGCUGGAGCGAAGACAGGCCACUGACGAUGCCUCGCUGCUGAUUGUCAACCGCUACUGGAGUCAGUUUGAUGAAAACAUCCGCAUCAUCCUUAAACGGUACGACCUGGAGCAGAGUUUGGGGGACCUGCUCACAGAGCGGAAAGCCCUGGUCGUGCCGGAGCCCGAACCGGACUCGGACAGCAACCAGGAGCGGAAGGACGACCGAGACAGGGGGGAAGGCCAAGAGCCAGCUUUCUCUUUCCUUGCUACUUUGGCCAGCAGUUCCAGUGAAGAAAUAGAAUCUCAGCUGCAGGAGCGUGUGGAGUCCUCCCGCCGAGCUGUGUCCCAGAUUGUGACUGUUUAUGACAAGCUGCGAGAGAAAGUGGAGCUGCUGUCCCGGAAGCUAAAUGGUGGAGAUACCCUGAUAGUGGAGGAAGCAGUGCAGGAGCUGAACUCCUUCCUCACGCAAGAGAAUAUGAGGCUGCAGGAAUUGACAGACCUCCUUCAGGAGAAGCAUCACACCAUGUCUCAGGAGUUCUCCAAGUUGCAGAGUAAAGUGGAGACGGCCGAGUCACGGGUGUCUGUCCUAGAGUCCAUGAUCGACGACCUGCAGUGGGAUAUUGACAAAAUUCGGAAGAGGGAACAGCGACUCAACCGACACUUAGCGGAAGUCCUAGAACGGGUGAAUUCGAAAGGUUACAAGGUCUAUGGGGCAGGGAGCAGUCUCUAUGGCGGCACGAUCACCAUCAACGCGCGGAAGUUUGAGGAGAUGAAUGCGGAGCUUGAGGAGAACAAAGAGUUGGCUCAGAACCGCCACUGUGAGCUGGAGAAGCUGCGGCAAGACUUGGACGAGGUCACGGCCCAAAACGAGAAGCUGAAGGUGGAACUGCGGAGCGCAGUGGAGGAAGUGGUUAAGGAAACUCCGGAGUAUCGCUGCAUGCAGUCACAGUUCUCUGUCCUCUACAACGAGAGCCUGCAGUUGAAAGCGCACUUGGAUGAGGCUCGGACCCUGCUCCAUGGCACCAGGGGGACCCACCAGCGCCAGGUGGAGCUCAUCGAGCGAGAUGAGGUUAGUCUUCAUAAGAAGCUGAGGACCGAAGUGAUCCAGCUAGAAGACACCCUGGCCCAGGUCCGCAAGGAGUAUGAGAUGCUGAGGAUAGAGUUUGAGCAGACCCUUGCUGCCAAUGAACAAGCAGGCCCCAUAAACCGGGAGAUGCGCCAUCUCAUCAGCAGCCUCCAGAAUCACAAUCACCAGCUGAAAGGGGAGGUCUUAAGGUAUAAGCGGAAGCUGAGAGAAGCCCAGUCUGACCUGAAUAAGACACGCCUGCGCAGUGGCAGUGCCCUCCUGCAGUCUCAGUCCAGCACUGAGGACCCCAAGGACGAGCCCGUAGAGGUCAAACCGGAUCCCGAGGACUCCUCUGCCCAGGCCUCUGCAGCGAAGGCUUCUCAGGAGGAAGUCAAUGAAAUUAAGUCCAAACGGGACGAGGAAGAGCGAGAACGAGAAAGGAGGGAGAAAGAGAGGGAGCGAGAAAGAGAGCGGGAGAAGGAAAAGGAGCGAGAACGAGAGAAGCAGAAACUGAAAGAGUCAGAGAAAGAGAGAGAUUCUGCUAAGGAAAAAGAGAAAGGGAAACAUGACGAUGGAAGGAAAAAGGAAGCAGAAAUCAUCAAACAACUGAAGAUUGAACUCAAGAAGGCGCAGGAGAGCCAGAAGGAGAUGAAGCUGUUGCUGGACAUGUACCGCUCCGCCCCGAAGGAACAGAGGGACAAAGUUCAGCUAAUGGCCGCCGAGAAGAAGUCAAAGGCAGAGUUGGAAGAUCUAAGGCAGAGACUCAAGGAUCUAGAGGAUAAGGAGAAAAAGGAGAACAAGAAGAUGGCUGAUGAGGAUGCCUUGAGGAAGAUCCGGGCAGUGGAGGAGCAGAUAGAGUACCUGCAGAAGAAGCUGGCCAUGGCCAAGCAGGAGGAGGAAGCUCUCCUCUCUGAGAUGGAUGUCACAGGCCAGGCCUUUGAAGACAUGCAGGAGCAAAAUAUCCGUUUGAUGCAGCAGCUGCGAGAGAAGGAUGAUGCGAAUUUCAAGCUCAUGUCAGAACGUAUCAAGUCCAAUCAGAUCCAUAAGUUACUGAAAGAAGAGAAGGAGGAGCUGGCUGACCAGGUGUUGACUCUGAAGACUCAGGUUGAUGCCCAGUUACAGGUAGUAAGGAAAUUGGAAGAGAAGGAACAUCUGUUACAAAGCAACAUCGGCACCGGGGAGAAGGAGCUGGGUCUGAGGACCCAAGCCUUAGAGAUGAACAAACGCAAGGCGAUGGAGGCAGCGCAGCUUGCAGAUGACCUCAAAGCACAGUUGGAGUUGGCGCAGAAGAAGUUACAUGAUUUUCAGGAUGAGAUUGUGGAGAACAGUGUCACCAAGGAAAAGGACAUGUUUAAUUUUAAACGAGCCCAGGAGGACAUCUCUAGACUGCGGAGGAAGCUGGAGACCACAAAGAAACCAGAUAAUGUGCCCAAGUGCGAUGAGAUUCUGAUGGAGGAGAUUAAGGAUUACAAGGCACGCCUGACCUGUCCUUGCUGCAACAUGCGGAAAAAGGAUGCUGUACUUACCAAGUGUUUCCAUGUGUUCUGCUUCGAGUGUGUCAAGACGCGCUAUGACACCCGCCAGCGCAAAUGUCCCAAGUGUAACGCUGCUUUUGGUGCCAACGAUUUCCACCGCAUCUACAUCGGUUGAUCCAGGCCAGAAGAAGAGGAGGGGCCGGCUCGACAGGCGCUUCCUCAUUAACCAUCAAACCUCUACCUCUUCCCUCCCUGACCGUCACUCACAGGGCACUUUGUCAACCACCUGUCCUUCACAGACUUGACCUCUAGAUUCUCGAGUAGCUAGAUGAUGUCAGGGGGCGGGACUGAUAAAUGCAAGUCUUAGGUUAUAGGAUGAACUAGAAACAAACAGCUCUUACUUGUCUCCCCACCAGCCUUUCGUCUCCAGGCUCUCUGUAAAACCUUGGAUUGCCCAUUUCACCUGCAGGAGUGGAGGUGGUGUUUUUGGCCUGGAGAAGGGACUAGGGAACCGAUGAGCCACGUGGCUGUUUGGGGAAGGGUUGCAUGUGUGAUCUUUUAGACAUAAGCUGUCGAUGGGCACAGGCUUUUCUUGAUUUAGAUAACAAACUUUUUUGUAGACUUGGGUCAGGAUGUUACAGUUGUACUGUUCUUUCCUGGAUGGUUUGAAGCCUUAAUGAAAUUAUUUCCGGGAUGAUGCAGUUCAUUUUUUAUUCACUAGCCAAGUAACUUACUGAGGUCAGCUGGCCUCCUUGUUGAAGUAAUCUAGGUUUUGAAUGUUCUGCUCAUUAAAUUCUUUAAAUUUCUUGAGGCAGGUUAAUUUCAGAUACUGUAGUCCCUUUUAUCUCCAAAUGAAAUGAAGAUCGUAGAGGGUGGGGGCACAGUACUGAGACUAUAAAGGGGGCUACUGGGUACUCUGGGGGUGCGAUUCAGAGAGCCUGGGGGGGCUAUGUAUUUCUCUCAGCCUCCACAGAGGUCGUUCUGGUCCCUGUUUUCCGGAAGAUUCCCUGUAAUCUCCUUGUAAAACUUUAUAUUCCUCAAGCUUCAAAUAAAGAAGGAUUCAAUUUG